GUUUAGUUCCCCGCGAUCGGUUAUCGGCCAGAAGGCGGGCAACUGCACGGUGAUUAUUCUGCCGGUGUCUGCCGACGGCCGAUCAACCAAUGAUGCCACGCCGCUCACUCUGACUAACGGCAGUAUCUUUGGGAUGAUGAUAUAUAAUCAGUCACGCCUCUCGACAAUCCGAGACGUCAGUGACCACGAUAACGCCGCCAAUCCACUAGCUCCUUGAUCUUGGAGAUCGUUGAAGACCAUCAUGUCUCGUCCGGUAUUAUCAUCCGUCGUCCGCCGGCUAUCGCGUCCUCACUCAUCCAUCUCCGCGUUUUCGCCAUCGGCCGCGCCUCCGGUGAACUUCGCCGCAUCGUUUUGCGACACGGCAUCCCUCCGGUCCAGCUUGCGUCCUCUUAACAAAGAUACGAGAGGCAUCGCGUCCCGAAAGCUUACUACGCGAUACUCCGUGCUCUUCUACAAUGCAAUCCGCCUGCGCUACCCUUUCUCUUCGUCAGCGAUCCGGACGAACGCGAAGAUCCUACAAAACCCCCGAGUUGACGAGGAUGGAAACGAACUCACAAUCAAGAUAUCCCCGCGGGCCGCAGAACGGCUUCGUGAGAUCACAGACCCGACCUCCUCCCCGUCGGCCACGAAGGAGGAAAACCCCUACGACCACCUCCGGAUCACCGUGACAAGCGGCGGCUGUCAUGGGUUUCAGUAUAUGAUGUCCCUCGAAGCAGCGUCGAAGAUCGACCCCGAAGAAGAUACCGUCUUCAAAGCGGAGGACGCUCCUGCCGGACCCGGCGAGGCCAAAGUCGUCAUGGAUGAACCUUCGUUGGAGUUGCUUCACGGAAGUACGGUGGAUUACACGAUGGAGCUGAUUGGAAGUCAGUUCAAGAUCGUCGACAACCCGAGAGCUUCAAGUAAUUGCGGUUGCGGGACGAGUUUCGACGUUCUGGAGUAGGGGGGGGGGUUCGCUAAGGGUCUUGCGGAUCAUGGUUGUCGGGCUUUCCUGCUCCCAUUUCUGAGGGCAGUCGUGCUCUGUUCUGCCCCAUGUAUUAUACUUGGGAGUUGGCGUGCAUCAAACUACCACAACAUAGCUAUGCUUAACCGAAUAGAUUGUAAAUAGUAUAUCCCCACUCCGCUUCUGUUGGG